ACAUAACAUAUUAUUAUAAUUUUAAUAUAUUACUUCAAAAUGAUUUAAUACACAAUAUUAUUAUACGUCUAUUAAAAACGUGUCUGUACCUAUACGACGGACAACGGUAUCACUUUGUUACAUAUUGCUAAAUACUUAUUAUAUCGAUAUUCGUCGGUUAUGGGCGGACUUUUUUUAGAUUUUUUUUUUUUUUGACAAACGGUUUUUCGCAUAUUGUUUUAUAUUUUAUCUUCUUAAACACUGUAGUACUGUACCAUAAUUUAAUAUAUUAUUGUUUACCAUUUUAUUUGAUUUCUGUUUACAACAUAAUAUUAUUAUAAUAUACAAUAUAUACGCAAUCGUUUUCAUAAAAUCUCCAGUCAUAUUAUAUUAUUAAUUUGCCUUUUUUUUUGUAUAAUUUUAUUUUCAAACGCUUUUAAUAUCUAUUUAUAAUAUUAUGAAGCAUGUAAAAUGUAAUGCAUAUACGUAAAAUUAUAAUACUACAUUACGUACAUCAAUCUUAAUACUACAAUAUCGACCCGGAUGAAGGACCUUAGAAUAAUUUCUGUUUUACUCAUUAUUAUCACACCCGGAGUCAUCGGUACUAGUACGGAAUGCUCAGCAUAUCAAGCACGAUCCAUUUACUGUUACGAGUGUGAUAGCGCCAAAGAUCCUCGAUGCAAGGAUCCAUUCAACUACACAGCCAUGCCUCAAGACCAACCUCCAUUGGUCAGUUGCAACGGCUGUUGCGUUAAAAUGGUCCGAUACGUGCGAACGUCAUAUGAGAGCAUCAAGAGGACGUGCACGUCACAACUGCAAAUCAACCUGUUCAUGGUUGACCACGUGUGCAUGAUGGAGGGAACGGGUACAGGACAUAUGUGCUUCUGUGAGGAGGACAACUGCAACGCGGCGACCGGACCGGCGCGAUCAUCGGCGAUAGUGCACKGUGCUGUAGCACUCGCCAUGUACGCACUUAAACUACUGUUGCACCGGUAGACCUGGUCUAAACGUCUACGGCGUUUCAUCAUACAUUUAUUUACAAACUUUUAUUUUUCCCGAGUGUAAAUUACAAUUUUUUUGAUUAUCAUCUCACAUAAUUCUAUAAUAURUAAGAAAUGACAUGUAAUAAACCAAUAAUAAUAAUAAGGUAUGUUAACAAUACAAGAGCCUUAGUUGACAGAAUAAAAACUAAGCCCCCAAUGUUAUA